AUGGGCCGACAGACAAACCGGGAUAUAUCCAUCCGUGGCGGCAGGUCAAUUUACCAGCAAAAGAGUGUACCUGCGGAAAUUGGCAAGACAAAGAGUUUCCGUGCGAUCACGCAGUUGCAGCGGAAGUGUGUGAAGGCCAAGCUCUUGACACUCUAUUCGACUCGACUCGAAUGUCAAUCGCCCAGUUUCGACUCUCUUACCACGUACCGUUUCAGCCGUGGCCGACUACCGUGA